AUGACUGGAGAGAGCGACUACAGCAAGUUCGGCUUGGCACGACUACAGGCAGAACUCGAGCAAGAGAGAGAAGUGAAAGAGAUGCUCGAAGAGUCGGUGUCAGAUCUCCGCAGUACCAUGUGUGAACUGCAAGAAAGACUGCACAGUGUGGAUGGUGAAGGAAAUGAGUGGAAGACGAGAUAUGAGACACAGAUAGAGCUAAAUGGACAGUUGGAAAGACAGAUGUCACUCAUUCACGAGAGACUGGAGGACCUACGAGGAAACCCCAUGGAUCGAUUGGCCUCCAUACGAUCUUAUGAUGACAUGCCAGUAGAAACCCUGAGACAGCGCCUGAAGCUCCUGACUGAGGAGAAGUCUGACCUCCAGACUCAGCUGAUGGACUGUCAUCUCAGAAUCGAACAGGAGGGGAAGGCAUUUCAUAAAACCAAUGAUGAGAGGCGGGCGUACCUUUCAGAAAUUGCUAAGCUGUCCUCCACCCUUGAAGGCCAAAAAAGACAGUACUACACGCAGCCACAGAGGGCACCAGAGAGCAAACGGAGAGGGAAGCAGGCCAGCAGGAAGGCAGAGGAUGACUCUAAGAAAGGCAAAGAGGGAGAAGAAGAUGGAGGAGGAGUACGUGUGAAAGGAGGAGGAGGUGGUGGUGGUAGAGCAACAGCAGAGAGAAAAGAAGAGAGGACAUCUCAAAGGGGAAGCAGGUUACCCACCCUAAAGUACUACCAGAAACACAACCCCUAG